AGUCAGAAGACAUCGCUGGCGAAGAGACAACGCGCUCUCUCAACGAAAUUAGAUUCAAUUUAGAACAGUCUUAUUUUUUUUUUUAAUAAUUUUUUCAACAAAUUUGUUCUAUUCGUCGUGACACAAACAACGACCACCAUCGAUCUUUAGGCUAUAACAAAAAAGAGACACUGCACCAGCAAACUGAUCAAAACUAUCGAUCGGAUUUUUUCAUUCGCUUGUGGUCCUCCGUUUUCCGGUGCGAGACAACAAUUCAUUAGGAUAAAAUCGUGCGUCUGAUUGUGCAUAUUAAAUAAUAGAUAAAAUGCCUAAAAGUGGAAGUAUAUCAUGACAUUCGAAUAAAUCACACAUAUGCAAUGCGGUAAAGCCGAAGAUCGAAUUACUUCUACAAAUGCGAAUAAUAACAAAAAAAAAAAACACAACAGAAACAACGGAAUUUUCAGCGUUGCUUUAGCCGAUAAAAGAUCAACUCUAUCAAUUCAAAGAAUAAAAUAAAAAUAAUUAGUGCGCUUGUGAAAAUUACAUAGCAUCAUAAUAAAUUGCAACUGCAAAUAGUUUCGAUAAAUUAAAGAAGAACAAUAAGAACAACGACAACGACGACGUGCAUAUAUAUAAAAAAACAACAAACAAACAACAAAACAUAACACGAUACAACCGGCAUACAAAGAUAUCAACAACGUGAUCUGCCCGCGGUUCAAUCGCUCUUUAUAUCCUAGACAAAAUCAACGCAAACCAUAAAAGAAUAUAAACAAAAAAGAUAUCAUAUAAAACAAAUUAAUCGAUUUUAUGCGGAAAAUGUUCGCAUGUAAAUUGGUUAUUGUUCAAGUGUGCAUUUAAACGAUUUGAUCUGUUUUCAUUUGAAUGUGUGUGUGUGUGUGCGCUUGUGUGAGUUUAUGUGUUUGUUCACAUCACGAUUUCUAUUAACUCUAUAUAUUUAUUGAUUAAUGUUUUUGUUUGCUGUUAUUGUUUAUUAAUUUGUAAUUUUUUGUUUUGUUUUCAAAUGCAAAAUGUUGAAAUAAAUUUACAAAGUGUUAUUCAAAAAAGUAUAGUGCGCGAAUUGUUAGUUACAUUGAUUAUGGCGGAAAAUUCACAAAAUCAUCAUUUUUAAAUAGAUAUUAUAUUCGACCUAACCUUUCGGUUCAAACGCUCCACACAACAAAAGAAAUCAAUUAUAGUUUGAUUGCAUUGCGUUCAUACAACUUGAUCAAAUUUUAAGAGUUAUCGAUAUGCCAGAUAUGCCACCGAAACAAUAAAAUCAAGCACAAAUCGAAACACAACCAGAAAUAAAAUAGCGCGCUCGCAACACGCAUACAUAGAACACUAUAUACGGUGUAUGCAGAAGUUCAAGUGCCCGAAAAAAAGAGAGAGAGAGAGAAAUAAACCAUUGCCUGUUGCGCUAUUUUCAAUCACACAACAUCAAACAAAUCUCUCUUUCUGGUUCUUCCACAAAAUUGAAGAUUACAAAGAUCAUUGAAACGAAGAUAGACAAAGACAAUUAAUUCAACGAGAGAAGUAGAAGAACAUUUCAAUUAAAUUACAUAUGUUUCUGGAUAAAAAGAUUUUUCAAAUUUCCAAGAUGACCGGCAGAGGAAAACUGACAACACCACCAAUAAAAACAACAACAAAAACAUCAACAUCAUCAUCAUUAUCAUCGCCAGCGAUACGAUGGAGUCUACAAGUGUUUCUAGUGUUAAUUCUAAAUCAAAUUCACCAAAAUUUUGGUAGUCCCGUUUUUACGUACAAUCCUAGUAUAACACAAUUUCACAUUCAAUCUGGAAGAAAUAUCAGGCAUUUGCCGUGUGUAGUUCGACGAUCGGGUAUUGAAGGUGUUUGCAUGUUUGCCAUAGACUGUAUCAAAGCGAAUGGAACGCAUUUAGGCACAUGUAUCGAUCGCUUCUACUUUGGAUCAUGUUGUCAGCUAAAGGAUGAUACUGAUAUUGUGGAAUCGGAAAUUGUUGAAAAUAGCAUCGAUCAAAAUACGAUUCCGCAUUUUUCAUUCGGUUCGCCGAUUACAUCGACAACAGUCAGUUCAUUUCAUUCGGUGGCAUCAUCGACACCAAGAAGUACUAUCACAACAAAAGGACAAUCAACAUCGCCAAAGCCAAUUGUUAAGAACACCACACAACACCAAAAAGUCACGACCACAUCGAAUCUAUUGUCAUCGUCACCGUUGUCGUCGUCGUCGUCGUCUUCGUUGCCGCCACCAACGCCGCAAUCAGCACAAUUGUCAUCGAAAAAACCGGAAACUACGACAGUUAAGUUUGUUCCAAUCACAGCGGUUCUGAAUACUGAGAGCAAAACGGACGCAAGCAAUGAACAAAUUAUUAUCGAUAAACUACCUGAAACCACCAUUCGUAAUUCGAUCACAUCGAAAUUGCCGACAACAACCGAGGAAAAUAUCAAAUUACAAACAUUUCAAUCAGUCCAAGAAACAACGUUUACAUCCCCAUCACCUGUGACGGUCACAACAACAACACCAACAACAACAACAACAAAAAAACCAAUUCGACGAACAACGACGACAGCCGCUCCGAAAAUAACCAUUCAAUCGACACAAAGUCAAACUCAAACUUCGAAUAUUGUAACAAGUACAUCGGCAACAAAACCACCGCGCCCUAUGACCACAAGCAGCACGACACCAAAACCAAUCAGCGUGCAAAGUUCAACGAAACAUACACCAAUUAGUUCAACUCCAUUACCAAAACGACCCGAACAAACUCAAACAUCGAAACCAACAGCCAAACCAAUUCCACAGAAAACAACAUCCAAUCAACCAAUUACAACUGCUACUUCCACCGAAAAAACGAUUUCAACUGGUGCAACAAAAUUCACACCAACCAAAAUAGUGUCGUCCACUCAACCAUCGAUUAUUACAUCAAAUGGCACAAGACCAACACCUUCUCAAAAGAAAAAGCCAACUCAAACAACGGCAUCGUUUGCUUCGAGCACAUCAACAACAUCGCUUCCCAAAUUAAAUGCAACCAAAACAGCCACUAAGGCGACAACAACAUCGACUACGACGACUACCAGUACAACAACCACAACAACAACAACAACUCAAAUGCCGGAUCUGGUUACCUGGUCACAUGCCGAAACAGUAAAAACGGAGCAUCCACCCGAAUGGAUUUUAAUAGCGAGUGUUCAGCCACAGUCUUCAAUCAGUCCACAAACAACAUCAAGCCCAUCGUUUAGUAAACCGUCGAUCGCAUCAUCAAAUCAAAUCAUUGAAACAACACGGUUUCCAACACGGAAACCGAUCAUUUCAUCGAGCAAGGCGCCUGUUACGAAGAAACCAACAUCAAAACCCAGCACAAUUGAAACGACCGCCACAAAACCAUCAACAAAAAAACCACAAACGAUUGCAUCGACAACGACUGCAUCGACAACGAUAACAACAACCGAAAAAUUACCAACGACAAGCACCAGCACACCGAAAUCAACAUCAACACAACCGACAACUACGUAUUUGAUAAAUACUGAAUUCUAUGAAGAAAUACCACUGACAACGGAAAGUGUUACAAUGUUCGAUGAUAAUUUUGAAGAAACAACAACAUUCACUGAAAUCAGUGAGACGGAAAAUGUCAUCAUCAAUCAUGUAACAUCAACCGUACCUCCAUCGAACAUUUCGACGAGCUCAAUUGGUUAUCAAACAAUGUCAAAGGUCAAUUCAACUAGUAUAACAUCGUCCACCGAAAGUAGUGCCAUGUCAUCGUCAUCGUCUUCGACCGAACAAGCUGAUGAUCGACCGAGUGCAAAGCCUGUAGUGACCACGGCACAACCACCAAUAACACUGACAACCAUUUUAUUACCGCCGUCCAUCAAACCAGAAUAUGAGAAAUUACCUACAGUUAAACCGGUUAGCAGCAGUGAUAAGGAAGAAACAACAACAACAGUGAAAGCAACGACACCACCACCAACAACAACAACAUCUUCGACAACAAUUUCACCCUCUGCCAUGACCAGCAGUACUACAAUUGCAUACAAUAGAACAACUUCGGAGCCAACAUCAACCACAACGAGUACUACCGAAUCAAGUGAAAAACCAACAACAAUUAUCAAUAAAAUUGAGAGUACCACGGGUGAAACGAUUACAGUUGCCGACGUUGCAACGUCUAGCGUGCCAUUGACAACAUUCGAAACAUACGACGUAGAAAAUACAACGGUUGAAAAUGUCACAUUGGAAUUUGUCGAUCUACCAACAACGGAAGCCAUUCUAACAACAUCAAGCAUUUCACAAUAUCUUGAAACGGCCAAUUAUAAACAAGUUUGUGGGAAGCGUAUGUAUCCAGAGCCAAGGAUUGUCGGUGGAUCAAAAGCAUCAUUCGGACGUUGGCCAUGGCAAAUAUCAUUGCGUCAAUGGCGAACAUCAACCUAUUUACAUAAAUGCGGUGCAGCAUUACUCAAUGAGAAUUGGGCCAUUACGGCUGCUCAUUGUGUUGAUAAUGUACCACCGUCCGAUUUGUUAUUGCGAUUGGGUGAAUACGAUUUGGCCGAGGAAGAGGAACCAUAUUUGUAUCAAGAGCGUCGUGUUCAAAUUGUUGCAUCUCAUCCACAAUUUGAUCCGCGCACAUUCGAAUACGAUUUAGCAUUAUUGCGUUUCUAUGAACCGGUCGUUUUUCAACCAAACAUCAUUCCAGUUUGUGUACCCGAUUCCGAUGAGAAUUUCAUUGGACGAACGGCAUUUGUAACGGGCUGGGGACGAUUAUAUGAAGAUGGACCUUUGCCGAGCGUUUUACAAGAAGUCUCUGUACCUGUCAUCAAUAAUACGUUAUGCGAAGGAAUGUAUCGAAAUGCUGGCUACAUUGAACACAUUCCACACAUAUUCAUUUGUGCCGGUUGGCGAAAAGGUGGCUAUGAUUCAUGCGAAGGGGACUCUGGAGGUCCGCUUGUAAUUCAACGGGACGACAAACGUUUUCUCUUGGCUGGAGUAAUUAGUUGGGGAAUCGGUUGUGCUGAACCCAAUCAACCCGGCGUCUAUACAAGAAUAUCCGAGUUCCGUGAAUGGAUUAAUCAAAUUUUACAAUUUUAAUUGAACUUUCGCCCACCCAAUGAAGCCAAGACAUUAUCUAAAUUCGCAAUGAAUAGUUUGGUGUUUUGAUUAGACAAAUGACACCAUCACACGUUCGAGUAUUUAUUUGGUCGCUGAAUUAUUUGUGUUCAGUAAAACAAACAAAAACGAAAAGUAAUGGCAUGAACUGCCGUGAUUUUGGGUUCAUUCUUCUUCUUUUUCAUGAAAGAAAAAGCAACAAAUUUAGAUAGUAAUUUUUUUUUGUAUGUUAAUUUAAUUUUAUUUUUAUCCCAGACACAAGUGAUAACUUAUAAACUAGGAUAACAUUGCGCGAAUUCGAUGAAAGAAAAUGAAAUUUAAAAAAAAAAGAAAGCAUAGUUAAAUGGAAUAACUUUCAAAAAGUUUUGUUUUAAGCAUAGAAAAAGGCAUUCGCAUGCAGACGAUCAGAGAUUUGCGCACAGAAGAAGAAAAGACAAAUUAUGUUAUAUACCCAGUGAAUUGCUAUACAUAACAUAUAAUGUCAAACAAGGUGCUUCGGUGUAAUAUAAAAUGUCUUCUCAACGACUUCUGAAUCGCAAAUCAUAAGAUAUUUAAGCUAAUAAAACAGAAAACUCUUAUAUAUUUUUUUAUAAAAGAACUAAUAUUAUUGAAUCGUGAAUGUCGGCUGGAGAAGCUGUCAUGAAUGGACAUUAGACAUAACAUAUUAGAGCGAUGACAUUAUUUAUUUAUGACAAAUACUUAGAUAUUAGCACAUUAUUUAUUACUACAUAUUUUAUAUGUUUUAAAAACUAAAAAAAUGAUGGAAUCAAGUUUUCAU